AUGCUGGCUCGGUGGUGCAGUGGCUAUAUAAAGCGCAGCUGUGGCCUAAAACAGACAUUAUCAGUCCAGAGUCAUCCACUAGACAACCACAGCAACAUGUUCAAAAUUCUCAUCAUUGCCGCUCUCGUUGCCUGCGCCGUGGCCAAGCCUGGCGUCGUUGCACCACUCGCCUCACCACUGGCCGCCUCUGUGGCCUAUGCGAAUGCACCACUUUAUGCCGCUGGGGGCAGCAGCCAGGUGGAUAUCCGCAACAACUAUGACGGCACUCAGUCCUCCUACACCACGGCACCCUUCGAGCUGACACCACCCUACUCCAGCCGCUAUGUCUCCGGUAUUCCAGCUGCCUAUGCCGCCGCCGCUCCCUACGCCGCUGCUCCACUGGCUGCUCCUUUGGCCUCACCAUACGCAGCACCCUACACCCUUGGCUCACCCUUCGCAGCGCCCUAUGCCGCUCCCUAUGCCGCUCCCUAUGCCGCAGGCUAUGCCGCACCCUAUGCAGCACCCUAUGCUGCACCCUACAGCUUCCCCGCUCCUGGUCCAGUUGUGGUCUAGAUAUGUCUUCAAAAUCUGAAUUGUUUCCCUAGCGAAUUUUCUGUUAAUAAAAUCGUUAUUUUAAACUAAAAACUA